AUGCAUUGGAUAUCUGGAUUCGAUAACACCUUUCAGAGCGCAGAUGACCUCUGGUUGCCCCAGACGACGCCUGAUGGACAGGUCUUUUAUUACAACCAACGCACACAGGAGUCGAGCUGGACUAUUCCCGAAGCAGAAGACCAUGCAAGCAUGGGAACUGCAGAUACUACUGGUCAAACAGGAUGGUCGGUGCGCGAGUCGACAUCGAACGGCAACGGAUGGUACAACUCAGAAGCUGAGGAUGAUGACCAGGAUCAGGAUCAGGACCAUGAGGACGGCGAGCGGGCACAAGAGGGUGGCCGUCUUUCCCGUGCCUCCAGCACCCACUCUUCUGCCAACAACAAGGCCUCCAAUGGCGAUGCUACCAGCACCACCGGCUCAUCGACUGACCCUGCUCAGACUUUGGCUACUGUUCGCAAGCCCUCAGGACUCACCACCGGUGCACCCCAAGAGUCUAUCGAGGGUCUCCCACCACUGCCCCUCCUGCCCAACCCUUUCGACCCCGAACCCACAUGGGACUCUCUCUCGGAUCACACUGCCGCAGCUGUUGAGAACCUUCUUUCAUCUGCCGAGAAGGGUUACAAGCCAUACUACCUCAUCCAGUCCUCUAUUGUGGUCGAGGCCAUCCGCGUCAUGCUCUAUGCCUCAGGAACCGUUGACAAGGAUGCUGUUAUCAUGCGCCAGCACCGUGGACUCAAGAUGCACCAUCGCCAGAUCAUGGCCGCCCUCUCCAAACUUGUCUUGUCUGCCAAGAUGGCUUCCGGAGUUUGGCCUGCUGCUGAUUCUGUCGACAAGUUGUCGGCCGAUGCCAAGGAGGUCAAGACUGCAGCCCAGAACUAUGUCACCACCGCCAUUGCUGCCGAGAUUACAGUCCACCAGGUCGAUGCCCGUCUUGUGACCGAUGUCAAGUCGCCCCUUCGUGCCAAGGUUGCUGCCCGUACCUUGGACAGAGCUCUUUCGAACGGUUCCCUCAGGAGCGAUCAUGGCUCUGUCGGUGGCGAUAGAAAGACUUUUGGAUCUCAACUGAGCACCCAAAGCAUCUUGAGCCAGCUCGACUACUAUUCCAAGAGCGCCUCCAAGGCCAUUAGUGUCUUGGAAAUGCAGAUUGAUAAGGCUAUCGAGAACCCUUCCCCUGCUCUCCGCCACAAUGGCGUCAAUGGAGGCUCUGCAGCCAACCCUGUCAUGAACUCAGCUCAGUCGGCUCAGUUGGUCACCCAGGCCCGUCAAACCAUUUCCCAGCUGGGCUCGCUUUUGACCCUCGUCACCGACUUUUACACCACUGCCCAGCAAGAUCACCCCUCUAUCCAAGAGAAAUACUUUGCGGAUGUCAGGACAGCCAAGCAGUCAUUGCACGGUAGCACAGCCUCCAUGGUGAUGGCUAUCCAGUCGGCAACGGAUUUGUUGGCAGUUGGACAGACUCUGGAUUUAGCACUCAACACUGUCUUGGCGACCGAUAAGGCUGCUCAGAGCCUUGUUUCGGCAGCCCGUGCGUUGAUUCAGGAGAAGGAAAUAGCUGAUGCCAGCGCUCCAGUGACUAGGACUCCCUAUGACCCCUAUGGUCGCAAGCCCUCCAUGGCCGCCGUUAUGGAUCGCACGACUGAGGAGAUUAUGUACAACCACGAUAACGACUCUGAUAUCGAGCCAGACUUGGCUCCUCGCAUGGCUCCCAAGCAGCCCCACAGCGCCAUUUCUUCUCAGCGCAACCGCUCCGAUUCUCAGCCCUCGAUUUUCUCCGCUCAUUCCAACCAGUCGGGACCAUUCACCCCAGGAACAGAGUACUCUGGACGUGGCACGCAGGCAGGAUUCCCCUUCCCCACCUCACCUGGUGAGGGCGGAUUCGGAGGCGUUGCCAACAGCGCUACCCCUGGACGGUACGAUAUGCGCGGAGAGAAGGUCAAGAAGAUGUUGGGAGACGAUGCUCCUGGACGUGGUGGUAGUCAAUACUGGUUCUUGAACUAUGAUUACCAGCAGGCCGACUUGGUCCUCAACGCCGAGGGACAAGUCAAGGGAGGUACUCUCCUUGCCUUGAUUGAGCGCUUGACUUUGCACGACGGUCUGGAUUCCAACUUUAUUGCGACCUUCUUGCUCACCUACCGGUCAUUCACCUCUACCAAGGAGCUGUUCACUUACUUGUUCCACCGAUUUACCAUUCAUCCCCCCAUGGGUCUUGACCCCGAGGAGCUGGAGAUCUGGACAGAGAAGAAGUUGACGCCCAUUCGCCUGCGCGUCUUCAACAUUAUCAAGUCGUGGCUGGAGACUUACUACCUCGAGGACGAGACGGACGAUCGGGAGGCAUUGUCAAUGAUCAAGGACUUUUCGGGAUCUACGGACAUGAAGGAUACGAUGUCCUUUGCGGCUGUUCAGUUGAUCAAGUUGGUUGAGAAACGUGAGCAGUCCGAGGGUGCCUUCCGCAAGAUGGUUCUCAACUUAACCACCCAGGCCCCUCAACCUAUCACCCCUCGCAAUCUCAAGAAGAUCAAGUUCUUGGAGCUGGACCCCCUCGAAUUUGCUCGCCAGUUGACCAUCAUGGAGGCUAACGCCUACAACAAGAUCAAACCUGUCGAGUGUCUUGCCAAGGCCUGGACGAGUGAGGAUCCCGAGAUUGCGGCCAAGGCUGUGAACAUCAAGAAGAUGAUCGAGACCAGCAACUUGUACUCUAACUGGAUCAACGAGCUGGUUCUCAGCGAGAAGGAGCUCAAGAAGCGUGUCCUCGUCAUCCGCCACCUCGUCAUGAUCGCCGAGAAAUUGCGCCAAUUGAACAACUUCAGUAUGUUGUCGGCUACGAUGGCUGCAUUGUCACAGUCCCCGAUCCAUCGUCUGAAGCGGACAUGGGAGCAAGUUCCUUCUCGCACAAUGACCGGAUUCAUGGAUCUCCAGGCUCUCAUGGGUGUCGCCAAGAACUGGGCCGAAUACCGUGAGGAACUCCACUCUGUCAACCCACCCUGUGUUCCCUUUGUGGGAAUGUACCUUACAGACUUGGUCAUGAUCCAGGACGGCAACGGCGAUUUCUUGAAGAAGUCGAGCCACUUGAUUAACUUUUACAAGCGGGUCAAGACUGCCGAGGUGAUUCGGGAGAUUCAGCAGUACCAAUCGGUCCCUUACUGUCUGACGAGCGUGCCUGAGAUCCAGAGCUUUAUUCGUCGUGGACAGGAUUGUACAAAGUCUGUGGCGGAUCUCUACGAGAUGAGUUUGCAAUUAGAGCCUCGGUAA